CGAAGGUUUGGGAAUCGCAACAAUGAAUACAAGCGCUAAAUUUCUGUUAUUGUUUUUGAUACUUCACACGGUGAAGACCGAUGACUAUUGUUCGUUCAAAUGCAAGAAAGGCAUACACACAGUGUGUGCCCGCAAGGAUGUGAACUGUGGACCAGGUCCGAAGUGUAAAAACUUCAAAGUAAUGCAAUUGGAUGAUGAAGAUAGACAACUAGUUUUGGACGUUCACAACAAAUUAAGAAACAGAGUUGCUACUGGACAGGAAACGAUAGGGCCUCAACCUUCAGCAACGAAUAUGCAAGCAAUGAGCUACAAUAAGGAAUUGGAAUAUAUAGCACAGUGUCAUACUAACGAAUGUGUAUAUCAUCAUGACACAUGCAGAAGUACAUCUCAAUGGUCAUGGGUUGGCCAAAGUAUCAUGCUCCAACAAUACAAAGGGAUGAAAAUUGAUACAAAACGAAUGAUAAAUUCGACAAUAUAUGGUUGGUACAGCGAAGUUGCCAAAUAUGAUCCAUCGUGGGUUUCUAAAUUUGACACACAUGGAAGAACUGUCGGACACUAUACACAAAUAGUAUGGGCUACCACCAACCAUGUUGGCUGCAGUAUUACUUUCUACGACGAUGACGGUUGGGAUACUUAUUAUAUGGCAUGUAACUAUGGACCAGGAGGUAACAUUGGCCAAACGCCAUUGUAUGAGCAAGGAGCGCCUGCUUCAAACUGUGGAGCGUUGCAAGGAAAUGCGAAGUAUCCUGGACUUUGUGGACCUGAUAGUCUCUAGAAAGUUUAGUAAAUUGUACAUAGGUAACCUUUAUGAUAAGUUCUGAAGAAUUAA